GAAAUCAAUCAUAAGAGAUCUCCAUAGUUUGAGUGAGUGUAAACCUUUUCAAUCACUCCCCAAAUCUUCAUUUCAAUCUUCUCAUCAAGAUGCCUAAUAAUGAUAAUCAGGUUAUUUCAGGUAAACCUGUAACUAUGUUUCCCUUCUCAUUAUUCCGCAACAAAGAGGACGAGAUCAACCUGGCCCUAGAUGAUCAACUUGGCCGAGACUACCAACCUCUACAGUCGAAAGAAGAAGAGGAGCAAGAGGGGCUCAUUAGCCAGCGUCCCAAAAUCAUCACUGUGGUUUUGGAUGAAAUCAAGGCAUUGUACACUCUUGCCAUCCCUAUGAUCUUGUCAGGCCUUUUAAACUACUCAAAGGCGGCAAUCUCUAUGUUUUUCAUGGCAAAGCUUGGGAAAUCUGCUCUGGCAGGGGGAAGCCUCGCCAUAGGUGUUGCAAACAUCACUGGAUACUCUUUCAUCUCCGGCCUCGCCACCGGAAUGGAUGGAAUUGCUUCACAAGCAUUUGGUGCUCGUAACGGUUGUCUUUUGUCACACACUCUACAAAGGACAAUAAUUUCCCUACUCAUCUUCUCUAUGCCUAUCGCCUUGUUAUGGUUUUACUUUGAACCAGUUCUUAUCUUCUCUGGCCAAAACUCAUCGAUCACAUCCACAGCCAUUACCUAUCUCAGAUUCUCCAUUCCAACACUCUUGUUUCAGUCCCUUAUCCAUCCUAUCAAAAUUUACCUAAGGAGCCAGAAAAUCACCACCCCUUUUACGCUUAGCACUGCCUUUUCACUAGCCAUUCACAUCCCGACCAACUAUAUCGCAGUUUAUUGUCUUGACCUUGGCCUCAAAGGGAUUGCAUUCACCGUCUGCUUGGCAGACUUCAAUGUCAUGAUCACUCUUCUAGUUUAUCUGUUUUUAUCUGGCCAUCUUACUGUGAAUUCUUUAUGGUUCUGGCGAGACUGUGCUUCGUUUCGACACUACGAAGAUUGGAGCCCCAUUUUCACGCUGGCGCUUCCGAGCUGUGCAUCGGUGUGUUUGGAGUGGUGGUGGUAUGAGUUCAUGAUUGUUUUCUCUGGACUUCUUGUCAAUGCACCCGAGGCGGUGGCCACUAUGGGAAUACUAAUCCAGAUGACUGCAUUGAUCUAUCAGUUUCCUAUCUCACUGAACCAGGCCGUGUCAACUAGGGUGGGGAACGAGUUAGGAGCCGAUAGGCCGAAGCGAGCUUUGAUGGCGUCUGUAGUUGCACUGGCGUGUGCUAUUUUCACUGGCAUUAUUUCCAUGAGCUUCAUGAUCGGAAUGCGCAACGUCUGGGGGCGAAUGUUCACAUCUGAUCCAGCCAUUAUAUCGCUGGUGGCGUCAGUGUUGCCGGUCGUGGGGCUUUGUGAGCUCGGCAACUGCCCGCAGACCACCGUUUGUGGAGUUUUGAGAGGCUGUGCACGGCCAACUUCGGCCGCGUACAUAAACUUCGGCUCGUUUUAUGGUGUGGGAUUGCCUGCGGCUCUUGUGUUGGGCUUUGGGUUCAAGUUUGGCUUAUUGGGCCUAUGGUUGGGCUUACUUGCAGCCCAAAUGGUUUGCUUUGGGAUCAUGGUAGUGGCGUUACUUCGCACAAACUGGGAUGAGCAAGCAGAUCGAGCAUUUAUGCUCAUAUGCGGUUAUCUAGGGAAGGAAGGAAAUGAAACAAGAAAGGAAGAACCAACAUCUCCAGCUGUGUUUGUGAACUAG